UAUAUCCAUUUGCAAAGUUGAGAUCACUUGAGAAAGAAGUCAAACUACAAAAUAACAAUAACAAAACUAGAAAUUUGGCUCGAAUCAUAUACAUUUAUAAUAGCUCCGACUGAAAAAUACCAAUUAGCUAGAGAGAGAGAGAGGAGAGAUGAAGAAGAUACUGGUAACCGGCGCGUCAGGUUACUUGGGUGGUAGGCUUUGUCUCGCCCUCCUGCGAAACGGACACUCCGUUCGCGCCUUGGUUCGGCCGACCAGCGACCUCUCCUUCCUGCCUCCGCGCUCCGCCGACGGAUCCGACGACGCCGCCUUAGAGAUCGUUUAUGGAGAUGUCACCGAUUACUCGUCUCUUUCACUUGCCUUCUCCGGCUGCCACGUCAUCUUCCACGCCGCCGCCCUUGUCGAGACCUGGCUUCCAGACUCUUCCAAGUUCUUCUCCGUCAAUGUAGGAGGAUUGGAGAACGUGUUGCGAGCGGUUAGAGAAACGAAGACGAUAGAGAAGGUCGUCUAUACGUCGUCGUUUUUUGCUCUGGGACCAACCGAUGGCUCAGUCGCGGACGAGACUCAAGUCCAUCAAGAAGAGUUUUUCUGCACGGAGUACGAGCGAUCGAAGGUUGCCGCGGAUAAGAUUGCGUUACGAGCUGCCACGGAGGGGUUGCCAGUGGUGGUUGUUUAUCCCGGAGUUAUCUACGGCCCGGGCAAAGUCACGGCGGGGAAUAUAGUUGCUCGGCUGAUUAUCGAACGCUUUAAUGGGCGGCUACCUGGUUAUAUAGGCCGCGGACUUGAUAAAUAUUCCUUUUGCCAUAUAGACGAUGUUGUGGAAGGACACAUUGCAGCAAUGAACAAAGGUCAAGCAGGUGAGAGAUAUCUACUAACCGGAGAAAAUGCGUCGUUCAAGCAUGUUUUUGAUAUAGCUGCUAUCAUCACCGAAACAAAGAGGCCUGCAUUUAACAUCCCCCUCUGGUUGAUUGAGGCGUACGGAUGGGUUUCAGUUAUUUUCUCACGGAUUUUUGGAAAGCUACCUCUGAUCAGCCCCCCGACGGUGUAUGUUUUAAGACAUCAGUGGGCAUAUUCGUGUGAGAAGGCGAAAGUAGAGCUGGAUUAUAAACCCAGAAGUCUGAAGGAAGGAUUAGAAGAGGUCCUACCCUGGCUGAAGAACUUGGGAUUGAUAAGUUACUGAUGAAAAAAGCCAAGCCUUGCUGAAUGCGUCCUUGCCGCUCUCACUAUUUUUUGUUUUUUGUUUUUUGAGUGAUGUUGUUUUAUUGUGACAUUUCAACAACAUUCUGUCUAAAUAACAUUAACCCUGUGACCGUACUAGUUACUACGGUUAUGGCAUGAAAAAUUAUCAUUAAUUUCCCUAAAGUAGCCUGACAGAUAAUUUUAGAAGACAUUUAGUUGGAUGAU